AUGCCAAGAGCUAGAAAAGGAGCAUUGGUAAAAUGCGAUCCGUCCAUUAAAGCACUGAUUAUACAGAUAGAUACCAACAAGAACGAUAUUAUUCUUGAGGAAUUGGACGACACCCAUUUGCUUGUUGAUCCUGCAAAAGUUGAAUUCAUCAAAUCCGAGCUCAACAGAUUGAUGGCGCAGAAUAUUUACGACCCGCUGGACGAGGAAGAAGAGUCUUGA